CUUUGGCUAUCCACCCUAAACAAGAGCAAAAAAGAAAAACAAAACAUUUAAAAAUGGCUGCACCAUCAUCCGGAAGGGGCGAGCACAUACAAAAACAAAUUCAACAAGAUUGGGGCAACCGAGAAUAUAUCGAAAUAAUCACAAUCAGCAUAAAGAAAAUUACAGAUUUCCUAAACUCUUUCGAUUUGUCUUGUCGUUCAAAACUUGCCGUAUUAAAUGAAAAAUUAACCACUUUGGAACGGGAAAUUGAUUAUUUAGAGGCUUGCGUAACCAAAGGUGAAACGCUUACAUGAAAAUAGCAGGAUAAGUACACAUAUUCCUUUUAAUUAUAUUAUGUCUUGUAUUAUUCUUCGAACUUGUAAAAAUAUCACUUUCAACGUACAUAAAAGAUUCCUGUUCCAUUGGGUCAAUAAACAGUUCAAUGUGGUGGACGAGGAUCGCAGAAAAUUACUCGGGCCUGACCGAACGUGUGCAGAAUGGAUUUUACGCAACGGUGGCAAAGUAAAAUGGACAAAUUCUCACGAGUACGAAGAGGAUUACAAUAAAUUACCCAAGGAAGAAGUACAAGUGAAGAUACAGGAAAUCGAUGCCAGUAACAGUUCGAUAAUGGCAAUCGGUUUCGAGCAUCUAAAAGGUUGUAAUAGUAUCAGUAAAAUUGUCCUGCACCAGUGUUCCCACCUCGAAAACGAGGCCUUAAAGGAACUACAUCACGUGAAAGAUUCAUUGCUAUUUUUACAAGUGUCUCAGUGCGGUAACAUUACGGAGACGGGUCUUCUACAUUUGAUUGUUCUUCAGAAACUCAGAACUCUUAUUAUUUACAGUUUACCAUAUAUAAAGGAUCGUGUAAAAAUAUUAGAUACACUUAAGAAUGAUAUGAAACAAUGCAAAAUUACUUAUGAUGAAUGAUACCUAGUAAUAAUCUUUAAAUGGGUUUGUACAUUGGUAUUUAAAUAUAAUAUUGUGAAUUUUC